UCUUGAUCUCUUUGAGACUCUUGGACAUGAAUUGUAUAUAUAUUUUUUGUUGUUUGUUGGGUUCUCCUUUUGCAAAAGAGUGAUGGUGUGUGUGUUCAUGGCUGGCUAGCAAGUGCAAGUCCCCACUCUUUUGGAUUUAGUUUGUAUCGGUUGUUUCUUUCACCAUAUAUCAAUACCACUUUAUCUAGCUUUCUCUUUUGCUUAUGUGAUAAAAAAGAAAGAGCGCUAUGUAUUUUUGCCUUUUUCUUUUUGAUCAUGGGCUGAUAUAAUGUUGAAAAGUGAGAUAGUGGUGAAACCAAUAGAAGAGAUAGUUACAAAUACCUGUCCAAAGCCUCCUGCUUUAGAGAGGAAGGCAAGGCCUCAGAAAGAACAAGCCCUCAACUGUCCAAGGUGCAAUUCAACUAACACCAAGUUCUGUUACUAUAACAACUACAGCCUUACACAGCCUAGGUACUUUUGUAAGACUUGUAGAAGGUAUUGGACAGAAGGGGGUUCUCUGAGAAAUAUUCCGGUCGGAGGAGGUUCAAGAAAGAACAAGAGAUCAUCAGCUUCUUCUUCAUCUUCUUCAAAGAAACUUCCUGAUCUGAUUACACCAACAAGUUUGUCACAAACUUCUACACAAAACCCUAAGAUCCAUGAAGGCCAAGAUCUAAACCUAGCUUUCCCAUCCACUCAAAGUAUUAGAAGUUUCUCUGAAUUGAUUCAAUUACCGAGCAUUAAUGAAAACAACAACAAGAACCCAAUAUCUUCCUCUACUUCUGCAUCUACUACCACAUCCCAACUUUCAGCUUUGGAGCUGUUAACUGGAAUCUCCUCAAGGGGUUUGAAUUCUUUUCCUAUGCCAGUUCAAGAUCCAAGCACACUUUACACAUCAAGUUUCCCUCUUCACGAUUUCAAACCAACCUUGAAUUUCUCUUUGGAUGGGCUUGGAAGUUGUUAUGGGAGUCUCCAAGGGGUUCAGGAAACUAAUGGAAGACUUUUGUUUCCAUUUGAAGAUUUAAAGCAAGUUUCAAGCACGGCUGAUAUUGAACAUAAUAAAGAGCAUGGUGAUUCUACAGGAUAUUGGACUGGAAUGUUAGGUGGAGGAUCAUGGUAAAUUAGAUGAAGAAAAUAAUUUGAGGGUUUUUUUUUUCUUUUUGGAUUUUUUUUUUAACUUUAUUAUAGUAAGUUCUUAAGGUGGGUGACUUGGUUUGCAUUUCUUCAUUACUAACAGAUAGGAUACAUGGGCGUCUUACUCUCUCUAUCGGUUUGUUGUUUUCCUUUCAAUUGUCUUCUUUACUCUUCAAACUUGUGGGAAUUUGAAGCUCAUUUUAGGUUGGCUUCAUUAAGGCUAAAGUACUGAUGGGAUACCGUGAAAUGAUAGAAGAAAAGAUCAACCCAAGCUAAGUCGAGAAUUUUCUUAGGGUAACAAGUAGAAGAGGGCAUGCUCCGUGCCCUUUAACUUCGUGUUAAUUAUAUCUUCUAUCAUUUAAAGGAAGAGCUAGCAGAAAGGCCAGUACCCACUAUAUAUUAUGUGUCAUUGGUUGGCAUGGUAUAAUAAAAAAUAAUGUAUAGCGUGAGAAUUUGCAAGGAGUUUUAUAGAUUAAAGGCUAUAUAUGUUCAUUAGUUUCUUUCAUUGUAGCAGGAAUAUUGUUGCUGUUAACAUUAUUCUCUUAUUGAAACCUCGGUUGGAUUGCAA